AUGCUGGCCUCCGGACUGCUCCUGGUGACUGUGCUGGCCUUCCUCGUCGUCAUGGUCUUGAUGUCUGUCUGGAAGCAGAGGAAGCUCUCAGGGAAGAUGCCUCCAGGACCCACCCCAUUGCCCUUCAUCGGGAACUACCUCCAGCUGAACACAGAGCAGAUGUACAACUCCCUCAUGAAGAUCAGGGAACGCUAUGGUCCUGUGUUCACCGUCCACCUGGGGCCUCGCCCAGUUGUGGUACUGUGCGGGCAGGAAGCAGUCAAGGAGGCUCUGGUGGAUCAAGCUGAGGAAUUCAGUGGGCGUGGCGAGCAGGCCACCUUUGACUGGCUCUUCAAAGGCUAUGGGGUAGCCUUCAGCAGCGGCGAGCGCGCCAAGCAGCUGCGGCGUUUCUCCAUCGCCACCCUGCGGGACUUCGGCGUAGGCAAGCGUGGCAUCGAGGAGCGCAUCCAAGAGGAGGCGGGCUUUCUCCUGGAUGCUUUCCGGAAGACAAACGAACUCACCAGUCCAAAUGCCAUUGCUCUCUACGAGAUGUUCUCUUCAGUGAUGAAGCACCUGCCGGGGCCCCAGCAACAAGCCUUUAAGGAGCUGCAGGGUCUGGAGGACUUCAUAACCAAGAAGGUGGAACAGAAUCAGAGCACCCUGGAUCCCAAUUCCCCAAGGGACUUCAUUGACUCCUUCCUCAUCCGAAUGCAGGAGGAGAAGAAGAAUCCCAACACAGAGUUCUACAUGAAGAACUUGGUGCUGACGACGCUGAAUCUCUUCUUUGCUGGCACAGAGACGGUCAGCACACCCCUACGCUACGGCUUCCUGCUGCUCAUGAAGCACCCAGACGUGGAGGCCAAAGGCACUGAAGUGUUUCCUAUGCUGGGCUCUGUGCUGAGGGACCCCAAGUUCUUCUCCAACCCCAAAGACUUCAACCCAAAGCACUUUCUGGAUGACAAGGGCCAGUUUAAGAAGAAUGAUGCAUUUGUACCCUUUUCCGUAGGAAAGCGGUACUGCUUUGGCGAAGGACUGGCUAGGAUGGAGCUCUUUCUCUUCCUCACGAACAUCCUGCAGAAUUUCCACCUCAGAUCCCCGCAGGCACCCCAGGACAUCGACGUGUCCCCUAGACUCGUGGGCUUUGCCACGAUCCCCCCAAACUACACCAUGAGUUUCUUGUCCCGUUGA